GUCAAAAUCGAAGUUGGCAUUUGUUAAAAUGGUAGUGUUCUUUUUGCGGUGUUGAAUGGCAUUGGUUUGACAUCGGCAAGGGUGGUGCGCUUUUAACUUUCGUUUCCAUCGUUUUGUCGUUGCCGCGGUCAUAUUUUCUUUGAUUUGUAUAAUUUUUGCAUAUAGACGAGUGUGAGUUAUUUUGCAACGAAUGAUAGAAAUGGAUGCUCAAAAGUUAACUGAAUUGCUCCGUGCAACUAUCGAGCCUAAUCCUGAGCAACGUAAGGCAGCAGAGGACCAAUUGGCACAAAUUCAUAAAAUAAUUGGAUUUGUACCGACAAUAUUGCAAAUUGUCAUGCAAAGCAAUGUUGACCAACCAGUACGUCAAGCAGGGGCUAUCUAUCUAAAAAAUCUGGUCACAAACAGUUGGUCUGACCAUGAGACUAAAGCGGGUGAGCCAAUACCCUUCUCCAUUCAUGAACAGGACCGUGCUAUGAUACGUGGGUCAAUUGUAGAUGCAAUUGUUCACGCUCCAGAUAUUAUAAAAGUACAAUUGGCAGUAUGCGUAAAUCACAUUAUUAGGAGUGAUUUCCCUGGGCGUUGGCCGCAAGUUGUGGACAAUAUCAGCAUUUAUCUCCAAAAUCCGGAUGUAAAUGGGUGGAAUGGCGCUCUGCUUACUAUGUACCAAUUGGUAAAGACAUAUGAAUACAAGCGUUCAGAGGAGCGUGUUCCCCUCAAUGAAGCAAUGAAUCUUCUGCUUCCUAUGAUAUACCAACUCAUGAUUAAUUUAAUGAAUGAUCAGUCCGAGCAGUCGAUGUUGCUGCAGAAACAAAUUUUAAAAAUCUACUACGCCUUAACUCAGUAUACACUGCCAUUGGAUCUUAUAACAAAAGAAACAUUUUCGCAGUGGAUGGAAAUAUGUCGUCAAGUUGCCGAAAGACCAAUGCCGGACUGCUCACAUAUUGACGAUGAAGAGAAACCAGAAUUUCCAUGGUGGAAAGUAAAAAAAUGGGCCUUACAUAUAAUAGUGCGUAUGUUUGAACGCUACGGCAGCCCAAGAAACGUGGUUAGUGAGAAGUAUCAGAAGUUUGCAGAAUGGUACCUCCCAACGUUUACAUCUGGUAUUUUGGAUGUACUUUUAAAAAUUCUGGACCAGUAUCGAAAUCACAUUUAUGUAUCACCUCGAGUUCUCACUGAUAUUUUGGCUUACUUAAAAAAUGCUGUAAGUCACGCAUUUUCUUGGAAACUAAUAAAACCUCACAUGGUCGCUAUAGUACAGGACGUAAUAUUUCCUAUUAUGUCUUUUACCGAUGCUGACCAAGAGCUUUGGGAGACUGAUCAGCAUGAAUACUUGAGAUUAAAAUUCGAUAUAUUCGAGGACUACGCAACACCCGUUCCAGCAGCACAAUCUCUCUUACAUACUUGUUGCAAGAAACGGAAAGGAAUUUUGCCAAAGGCUAUGAAUAUUAUAAUGCAGAUCAUAACCUCACCGAAUGCGGAUAAUAAACAAAAAGACGGAGCGUUACAUAUGAUUGGAACAUUGGCAGAUGUACUGUUGAAGAAGCGUAUUUACCGUGACCAGGUUGAAACUAUGUUAACCACAUACGUUUUCCCUGAAUUUCAAAACCCUGCUGGUCAUAUGCGUGCUCGGGCAUGUUGGGUCCUCCACUAUUUUUGCGAUAUUCAAUUGAAGAACCCACAGGUGUUGGCAGAAAUCAUGCGUCUGAAUAUACACGCAUUGCUCAAUGACAAGGAGCUUCCAGUUAAGGUUGAAGCAGCCAUUGGCUUGCAAAUGUUCUUAUCAACUAAUGACGAUGCCGCCCAAUAUGUGGAGAGCCAAAUAAAAGAAAUUACGAAAGAACUGCUAACCAUUAUUCGUGAAACUGAAAAUGAGGAUCUGACCAAUGUUAUGCAAAAAAUUAUGUGUACAUUUACCACACAGCUUCUACCUGUGGCAAUGGAAAUUUGUCAGCAUUUGGCUACAACUUUUAGCCAAGUUCUUGAAUCAGAAGAAAAUUCAGAUGAGAAGGCCAUUACAGCGAUGGGUUUAUUGAACACAAUCGAAACCUUACUUAAUGUUAUGGAAGAUCAUCCCGAUGUCUUGUUAAAUCUACAUCCAAUUGUAAUUAAUGUAGUUGGUCAUAUAUUCCAAAACAACAUCACAGAUUUUUAUGAGGAGACAUUUUCGUUGGUGUUCGAUCUCACUGCAAAAGCAAUAUCUCCAGAAAUGUGGCAAAUGAUGGAAUUGAUAUAUCAGGUUUUCAAAAAAGAUGGUGUGGAUUAUUUUAUCGACAUAAUGCCGGCGUUGCAUAAUUAUGUAACUGUUGAUACGCCAGCUUUUCUUUCCAACCCGAAUCGACUUCUAGCUAUGUUCGACAUGUGCAAGACGAUGCUAACAAGAAACCCUGGUGAGGAUCCUGAAUGCCAUGCUGCUAAACUGCUUGAAGUAAUAAUUUUGCAGUGCAAGGGCCAAAUUGACUCUGUAAUUCCGAUGUUUGUAGAAUUGGCUUUGUCACGUCUCACUCGAGAAGUGCAGUCAUCCGAACUACGUACAAUGUGUUUACAGGUAGUAAUAGCAGCGCUUUAUUACAAUCCACAACUUCUAUUGACUAUCUUGGAAAAAAUGUCUCAGCCAAAUAAUGAAUCAAUUUCAUCACAUUUUAUUAAGCAGUGGCUUCAUGAUACUGAUUGUUUCUUAGGAAUUCAUGAUCGAAAAUUGUGUGUGCUUGGAUUAUGCACUCUUAUUUCAUUGGGUGAUGCCAAGCCACCAGUUCUUAGCGAGGUAGCAGGGAAAAUUUUACCCAAUCUAAUUCUCCUUUUCGAUGGACUUAAACGAGCAUAUGAAUCGCGUGCACAAGCGGAAGACGAAGAAGAGGAAGAAGAAGAUGAGGAUGACUGUGAAGAGGCAUUAUCUAGCGAUGAAGACGAAAUAGAUGAAUUUGCAUCGAACUAUUUGGAACAAAUUGCUGAAAUGUCCAAAACAAAAUCUGCAGAAGCAGGUUUCGAAAUGAAAGCAGAGAUUAAAGAUGACGAGGACUCUGAUGAUGAAGAAGAGGAGUUAGUCGAUGAUCUUAAUGAAACUGCACUUGAAGGCUUUACUACGCCAAUCGACGAAGAAGAAGAUGAAACUGCGAUUGAUGAAUAUGUUACAUUUAAACAAGUUUUCUCCGCUCUGUCCGCCCAAGAUCAAGCUUGGUAUUCACUUCUAACAACAGGUCUUACCACUGAACAGACGAAAGCAUUGCAAGAGAUUGUAGUCACCGCCGAUCAACGAAAAGCAGCUAAAGAAUCAAAACUUAUUGAGAAGCGUGGUGGUUUCGCAUUCCCGCAACAAACCGUUCCCACUUCUUUCAAAUUCGGUUCUUAAUACUGAACAAUAUAAGCUCGUCCUAUGCGUCAUUUAUUUGAAGAAUAUAAAAAGAAAUAUAUUUUCAGCGAUACAUUAAAAGAAUAGAAGGGUAUAGAUGAUCAUGGUGAAUAUAAUGUAAUUAUAAAAUUAUUUCUCAAGACCAUGUAUGUUGUAUAUCUAUAUAUAUUCAGUGGAAUAUUUCCCAUAAAGGAGGUUCGAACUUUUAGAUUCUUAUAGUUUUCUACUAAUGAAAUUAUGAAGCACACAGAUAACGGGGCAAUGAAAAUUUUAUGCAGCUAGAAUGGUUUCAUACGGUCUUUUAAUUUAUGCUAUUGUUAACAGAUAUUAGAGAAGGCUGGUAAUUACGCGGUGCAUAAUUAAUUAUUAGUGUAUUAACAUCACAUUUAAACCUAUAAAAAAUUUCCAAAGUAGUUAAAAGUAAAUAUAAAGUAUUUGAGGUAUUAUCUCAUUUAAUCAGAUCAUUUGAUACCGCGAACGGCGAUGAAGUAGGAGUAUACAAGCAUACAUAUGCGUAUACCUAAUUGACUAUUAAGUUUACUCCUUAUCACUUUUUUAUUUUGAAAUAAAUACAGUUCGUUUAUUUUAAUAUAUCGAA